AUGCAUCAUGUGCUGAAGCGAAAAGCAAUCUUUGGCGGUUUACCGACGACAUCUUUCAAGUCCACCACCACAAAGAAUACCCUCAUCUCAAUUCUUGUCAGCUACCGGCGGCAACACUUUUCAGAGAUGGCGUCAAGAACAUAUAAUGACGCAAUCGACACCCUCAACACCCUCCAGACCCCCUUCGCUGUCAUUGAGGCCCGCCGGAAAGCAGGCAUUCGCCCCGAUGCGAACUCCGUCCAGGAAAUGAGAGGCUAUCUGGCCCGGAUAGGUUACUCGACAUCAUCUGAUCUCGAGAAGCUCAACAUCGUGCACGUUGCUGGCACCAAGGGGAAAGGAAGCACGUGUGCUUUUGUCGAUUCCAUUUUGUCAAAAUGGCACCAGACGAAAGGGAUUCCAAAAAAGGUUGGCUUAUUCACCAGCCCACAUUUGAUCGCAGUCCGCGAAAGGAUACGAAUCAAUUCUAGGCCGAUUUCAGAGGAGAUGUUUGCAAGGUAUUUCUUCGAGGUCUGGGACAGGCUAGAGGACAACAGCACAGUUGCGACUGAUCUCGUCGAGCCUGGCACGAAACCAAUCUACGCGCGGUACCUGACUCUCAUGAGCUACCAUGUCUACCUGUCGGAAGGCGUCGACGUUGCCAUUUAUGAGACGGGAAUAGGGGGCGAGUACGAUGCCACGAAUGUGGUGGAGCGGCCUGUGGCGAGCGGCAUCAGCACAUUGGGCAUUGACCAUGUCUAUGUGUUGGGCGACACAGUUGACAAGAUCGCGUGGCACAAGGCAGGAAUCUUGAAGAAAGGCAGCCCUGGUUUCACCAUCGAGCAGGUCGGUUCUGCUGCCGAGGUGCUCAAGAACAGAGCAGAGGAGAAGGGUGUCGAUCUGAAGGUCCUCGAGGUCGAUCAAAGGCUCCAAGGCGUGAGAGUUAGGCCCGAUGCGAAUUUCCAGAAGAAGAAUGCUACGCUCGCAAUUGCUUUGGCUGAGACGGCGCUGAAAAAGCUGGAUCCCGAUUUUAAGCCGGAUGCGGCGGCAUUGCCAAGUGAGUUUGUUGAUGGGAUAGAACAAGUCGUUUGGAGGGGACGGUGUGAGGUCAAAGAAGAGGACAAUAUUAUUUGGCACGUGGACGGUGCGCACACCGUAGAUAGCUUGAAGAUGGCGGCCAGGUGGUUCGUCGAGGAAACCAAGACUGAGGGCAAGGGGCCAAAAGUUUUAAUAUUCAACCAACAAGGGCGGAGUGAGGCUGUCGACUUCCUGGACGGAUUAUGCAACACUGUGAAGAACGCCGAUUCGACAGGUCAAGGGUUCCAGCAUGUCAUCUUCUGCACGAAUGUCACAUAUGCUACGAUGGGCUAUAAGAGAGACUUUGUGAAUCACCAGUACAACCCAGCUGACAUCGAGAAAAUGACCCAGCAACGUAUAUUUGCUGAGAAAUGGGCAUCACUCGACACAUCUGCCAAGAUUCUAGUGAUACCUAGCAUUGAGGAAGCCAUCAACACUGCGAGAGGGUUGGCAAAUUCCGAGGGAGAAGACGGCAGCAAGGUACAAGCACUCAUCACAGGCAGUUUACAUCUUGUUGGCGGAGCAUUGGGAAUUUUGGAGAAAGCUGAUGCUCUUUAAACAUCGGUUACAAGCAAUUAGACGUCAGAGGGGCAGAGUUGAAGUGUGUCUUGACCACUUGACUUGCCCCAAAUAGCCUGUUAUUCAACUGACAGGUUUUGGUUUAGGACAUCCCGUAAUCCGUAUACCGAUAAGAAACACUAUUUUGAGGGUGCAUCAGAUAAGACCAGCCUCAGUCCAUAUUUUCAGUCUUAUUCCAAGCUUAUAUUGGCCUGGUUUCUGCCCACAGUGUGGCGGAUGUCUCGUAAACGAUUGCAAGGUUUGACUAAAUUGAGCCUCGUCAACUCAGUUUGAGACGGGCGCCUCCUCUGCGGUAUUUAAACUUCGCUUGGAUCCCGCAUUUCUUUUCUCUUCUCCUCGCAUCUCUCUUACAAUCAACACCUCCGACCUCGAGAUUCAGGGCAGUCACGUUCUCUCUCACCAACAACGACGGUGCCACUUGAGCAGACGCCCACAAUGGCAAAGAUGACAAAGUAUGAGACGCCAACGGGCUAACAUAGAAUUACACUCGUUGAGAAGUCAUCAUGUUCGUCCCGAGAACAUGCUCAUCCGCGAGCCACUUGAGGAAGAUGCCGAGAAUAACACGCUGCGCCGAUGGCUGCGGCUCAGCUCUCUAUCUUGCAAAAUCUGGGAUAUGAUCGAGUGGGCGAUCUACGGCCGUUACCGCAAUCAAGAAGACUACUUCACUGCCACGCGGGAAUCAAACAUACCUCCGGUCCGAAGCUUUCGCUACUUGAUCCAUUCAUCCCAAACAACACCUGGGUAUGAGCCAAGCGAUGCGCCAUGGGAAAUCAUCGUGUGAUGUCUUCUGGUGGAGUCGCCGUCAUCUGCGGGAAAGAAUCCAGACUUGGAAUCACUGGUCAAUUGGCGAAACUAUCCAGUUGCGCCACCCUCGGCCAAAAUCACCUCUCCUUUGCACCGCUACAAAGCUGGAUGCCCGUGUGAAGGAAAAGCCUAUGGUUGUUGCUGCAGACCUUACCGAACCUGGGUAGACAAAUGGUGUACUCGGAGCAGGACCCUUCAAAGACUUAUUUGACGGGUAAAGAAGUUUGUUG